CCCUCCUGCAGCUCAGUUUCGUUUCCUUGGAGGCAUCGGGGCGAUAGCGCAGCAGUCACGGCAGUUCCCGCGCGUCACGUCGGGUCCCCUCACGGAGCGCCAUGGCGGAACUGUGCCCCCUGGCCGAGGAGCUGUCAUGCUCCAUCUGCCUGGAGCCCUUCAAGGUGCCGGUCACCACGCCGUGCGGCCACAACUUCUGCGGGUUGUGCCUGGAUGAGACGUGGGCCGUCCAGGGCCCGCCGUACCUGUGCCCGCAGUGCCGCACUGGCUACGAGACGCGGCCGCAGCUGCGCAAGAACACCGUGUUGUGCGCGGUGGUGGAGCAGUUCCUGCAGGCCGAGCAAGCCCGGCCCGCGGUCCUCGACAGCGAUGGCUGGACGCCGCCCGCCCGCGCCGCCGCCCCCAGCCCGGCCGGCCAAGUGGCCUGUGACCACUGCCUACAGGCGACCGCCGUCAAGACUUGUCUCGUGUGCAUGGCUUCCUUCUGCCAGGAGCACCUGAGGCCGCACUUCGACAGCCCCGCCUUCCGGGACCACCCGCUGCAGCCUCCGGUCCGAGACCUGAUGCGCCGCAAGUGCCCCCAGCACAACCGGCUUCGAGACUUCUUCUGCCCUGAGCACAGCGAGUGCAUCUGCCACGUCUGCCUGGUGGAGCACAAGACCUGCUCGCCUGCACCCCUGAGCCAGGCCAGCACCGACCUGGAGAACAAGCUGAGGCAUAAACUGACUAUCAUGUAUAGUCAGAUCAACGGUGCAUCGAGAGCGCUGGAGGACGUGAGAGCUAAACAGCAGGAUGUGCGGGAGUUUGCGCACAGGAAGAUGGACCAGCUUAGACAAGAAUACAUGGAAAUGAAGGCUCACAUUGAUGCUUAUGAGGCCAACUCGACUCGAAAAAUAAAAGAAGAGGAGAAGAGGGUCAACAGCAAGUUUGACCACAUUUACCAGGUCCUCCUCAAGAAGAAGAGUGAGAUCCAGACCCUGAAGGAGGAGGUGGAACUUGCCCUGACUAAGGGGGACGAGUUUGAGUUUCUGGAGAAAGCAGCAAAACUACAAGGAAUCACCACGAAGCCUGUCUACGUCCCCAAGGUGGAGCUGAACCAUGAGCUGAUAAAGGGCAUCUGUCAGGGCACCUCCGACCUCAAAAACGAGCUGAAGCGGUACCUCAGACAGUCCCAGGACAAGAAGCCCGAGGAGCCCACUGCCCCAGGGGACCCUGGAGGGUACAGCCUGCCGUCCAUGCCGAAGCCUGCACGACCUGGGAAGAAGGUUCUGAAAGAAGAAAAGAAAAUCAAGAAACCUGCCACUGCCUCAUCCAGCAAGAUCAGCUUCGGCGCCCCGGAACACUUGGAUAUCAAAGAAACUGGCCAGGAGGGUGCAGCCAAAGUCCCCCUCGAGCCAUCGACCUCGGUGCCUCUCAGCGGGAAGGUGCUGGAAACCUUCCUAGCCAAGUCCAGGCCCGAGCUCCUGGAGUAUGCCGUUAAAGUCAUCCUGGACUACAACACCGCCCACAACAAGGUGGCCCUGUCCCAGAACUUCACCGUUGCUUCUGCGGCCGACACGUCCCAGGACUACCAGCCACAUCCCCAGAGGUUCACCUACUGCUCGCAGGUGUUGGGCCUGCACUGCUACAAGAAAGGCAUCCACUACUGGGAGGUGGAGCUGCAGAAGAACAACUUCUGCGGGGUAGGCGUCUGCUACGGCAGCAUGCCGCGCCACGGCCCCGAGAGCCGGCUUGGCCGCAACAGCGCCUCCUGGUGCGUGGAGUGGUUCAACACCAAGAUCUCAGCCUGGCACAACAACGUGGAGAAAACCCUGCCCUCCACCAAGUCCACGCGGGUGGGGGUGCUUCUCAACUGCGAUCACGGCUUCGUCAUCUUCUUCGCCGUGGCCGACAAGGUCCACUUGCUAUAUAAGUUCAAGGUGGCCUUUGCGGAGGCGCUGUACCCGGCCUUCUGGGUGUUCUCCGCAGGUGCCACGCUCUCCAUCUGCUCCACCAGGUAGGCAGGCCAGGGACUCUUGGCUUGACUGCCUGGGCCGUGCUGGAGACCCUAAUGAAAUUGCUGCAGGUGGGACUCUCAGGGAGCUGCCCUGAGUGUCCCCAGGGGUUGCAAGGAUGGGAGGGGAGUGGG